GCGCUGCAUUCAGGCUGAGAGACGAGACUGAAGCUCCGCUGCGAUGACGGCCACCACCAAGAAGAAGCCCAAAGAGUCUCAGCAGGAUGAGGAGUUUGUGGAUGUGAGCCCUCCGCAGAGAAACUGGAAGGGCAUUGCCAUCUCUUUGCUGGUGAUCGUGGUGGUCUGCUCGCUCAUCACCAUGUCUGUAGUCGUCCUCACACCCGCUGAGCUUCCGGGCAGCAGCAAGUCCAGGCUGACUGUGGCAGAUCUGUACAAACCCGAGUUCAGCGCUCACAACCCAGAGGCCAAGUGGAUUAGCGAUUCGGAGGUGGUCUACAGGAACCGAGACGGCGACGUCAUCAAGUUUGACUUUGCCCUGAAUGAGACAGAAGUUCUCCUCAGCCACAGCAUAUUUGUGUCUUUCAAAGUGGCAAAGUACUCCCUGUCUGCAGAUCUGAAGUACGUGCUCUUUGCCUACGACGUCAAACCGAUGUACAGAUAUUCAUACACCGCCUCUUAUAUCGUCUACAACAUCUACACGCGGGAGGUAUUGGAGCUAAAUCCUCCUGAGGUUCACAACGCUGUGCUCCAACACGCAGCCUGGGGACGACAAGGACAGCAGCUGAUCUACAUCUUUGAGAAUAACAUCUACUACCAGUCGGAUGUGAGGAGUAACUCUCUGAGAAUCACCUCCUCUGGGAUGGAAGGAGUCAUUUUUAACGGGCUCACCGACUGGCUGUACGAAGAGGAGAUUCUGCAUUCAUAUUUGGCUCACUGGUGGUCUCCUGAUGGAGAGCGACUGGCCUUCCUCACCAUCAACGACACACUGGUACCCAACAUGGUUCUUCCCCAGUUCACCGGCAGCACCUACCCCCGGGGCCUGCAGUACCCAUAUCCAAUGGCCGGUCACAUAAAUCCUACAGUCAAGCUGUCGGUGGUCAACCUGGUCGGUGCGCCGCACACUCAGGAGCUGCAGCCUCCCGAUCAGCUCGCACUCAGGGAUUUCUAUGUCACCAUGGUGAAGUGGAUCAGUAAUACUCACCUCGCCGUGCGGUGGCUCAAUCGGCCGCAAAACGCUUCUCUGCUGACGGUGUGUGAUGCAACAAUAGGAGUCUGUCUUCAGAGACAUGAGGAGUCUUCGGAGAUGUGGCUUUCCAGACAGGGACAGGAGCCGCUGUUCUCCGAGGACAGGAGCAGGUUUUUCCUCACGCUGCCCGUGAAGCAAGGAGGCCAGGGAGACUUCCACCACAUCACAAUGUUCACCAAGAAGUUACGAAGCAACCAGGACGAAGUUCGCCACUUGACCUCAGGGGACUGGGAGGUGACAAAAAUCGUGGCAUACGAUGAAAACAACCAGACAGUAUACUUUCUGAGCACAGAGGACGCAGCAAAGCAGAGACAUUUAUACAGCGUGUCAACCGUCGGCUUGUUUCCGCGGCGAUGCCUCACCUGUGGACUGAGGGAGGAGUGCACUUUCUUCGAUGCUGACAUCAGCCCCGAUGCGAAGCACGCCAUCCUGCACUGUCAAGGUCCCGGAGUUCCAGCUGUGCUGCUUCUCAGUUUCGCCGACACGGACUCAUAUUUCGUCCUGGAGAACAACCUCCCCCUACGCUCUGCGCUGGAGACUAAAAGGAUGAUUCAGACGGAUAUCCGGAUGAUCACUAAUGACAAAUUUGAGCUGCCUUUGAAGCUCAUCUAUCCUCCUGACUUCUCUGAGUCCUUCAUCUAUGGCCUCCUCCUUAUUGUCGGCAGCUCUCCAGGCAUCCAGACGGUGACGGAGGAGUUCAGGUUGGGCUGGGACUGGGUGCUGGCGGGAUCGGAGCAGGUCAUCGUGGCGUGGCUCGACGGCAGGGGAUCAGGGUUCAGAGGUCAAAGUGUUUUACAGCAGAGGCUCGGCACAGUGGACGUAGAGGACCAGAUAGCAGCUCUGGAGUACCUGGUGUCGCGGCCGUUCAUCGAUCCCGCUCGUGUCGGAGUCUUCGGAGAGCAGGGCUACGGCGGCUACAUCACGCUGAUGAUGCUGAAGUCGACGGAGAAGCUGAUCAGCUGCGCGGCGGCUCAGGCUCCCAUCACUGACUGGACCAUGUACGCCUCGGCCUUCUCAGAAAGAUACUUCGGCUCGCCUUCGACUGAGGAGAGCAGAUACCAAGCUUCCAAAGUGCUGCCCAGCAUGAAAGAUCUUCAGGGAGGAACUCUAUUUCUGGUCCACGGUACUGCUGAUGCCAACGUUCACUUCCAGCACUCGGCCGAGCUCAUCAAGCACUUAAUAAAGAUUGGAGCCAACUACACUAUGCAGAUCUACCCAGAUGAAGGCCACUUCCUGUCAAGGCGCAGCCAGAUUCAGCUGACUCACUCCCUAAUUGGAUAUUUCAGAGGAUGCCUGCUUGAUGCAUCAUUGUUACUCAACCAACGGGACGACGAGUGAGAGGGAACGGGCUCGUUACUGUUUCCGAAUGCGCGUGUGUGCCCCCAAUAGUUCGAAUGUGUGUGUCUGUGUUUUAUACUUGUAGCACAAUGUUUGAUGGACAGAAAAAGCUUCUUCUUGACAUAUCAGACUAGUCUGUGUCGCUCGUCACCUCAGUAGAAAUAAGCUUCAGUUUUCACCUGUUAUCUUAGAGGUUGUCAGUGCCUGUGUGGGGAUUUAUUGCCUCUGUUUUUCCUGGCAGCGCAAAAAAGAGGAAAUUUAACCAUAUUUGAGAGAAGCGAGCGUACCUGUUCAAACUUCAAACAGACAACUGAGAGAUCACGCUGGGCUCAUUCAUCACAGCCAAAAUUGAAUCAAACCAAAUGAUUAAGGUUUAGAUUACGUUGUUAAAAAUGGGUCAAAUUGAGCAUUCUUAUCGUUUUUUUAUCUCUGAAACUUUGAUGCCUGGAAUUUAACGGAUGUUGUACAAGGUGUGAUCGAGAAGUUCCUCUAUCCUAAAAACAUACAAACCAUACCUGAUAUAAAUGUGGACAGUCUCCCCUUCAAGGAUAUCUCCUUGUGCAACUCUGCAUGCUGCUGCUGUUUUUAAAAGAACUGGUGCUGGAAAGAAGCAGGCCAAAAGGUCAUUUGUUCCCCACUUUAUGUUCCUGCCCUGUAAUCUUUACAUGGUAUUAAGACAUUAUUGAAAACAUUAGACGAAGCAGGCAAACCUUGUAGUCUGCAAACUGUACUGUGGCAGCGCAUAUGUUCUCCCUUUUACUACCACAGGGGUCAAGGCAAACAGUGACCCCUGUGUUAGGAGAUUACCUUUAACUACCACAGGGGGUGACCCCUGUGGUAGCAGAAGGGUUAAUGGGGAAUUAAUGCUAUUUUAAUGCUUAAAUAUAAUUUCAUUGUUAUCCAUUAGUUUUUUAUAAAAAAGCUGAAAAAUCUAAUCAAUAAUAAUAAUAUAAUUUUCAAUUUUAAACAUGUUUUUGACAGAUUUCUAAAAUAUUUUGUGUUUUCUUGUUUUUAUUAGACAGUUAAUGCUUUGUUAGCUGAGACAUCUGAGAGAAGAACAUUUGUGACCCAGCAUGAUGAAACCAGGCUGAAGUCCAGAUUUUUCAUUUUUUUAAAUAUUAUUUUUUAAUAUUUCCUAAAAUUUCAGAACUUCUAAAUUAGCAUGCAAAGACAGAUUUCAUUGAUCCGUCUGUGUUUAUUUUCUAUGAAUUUUUAACUCAAAGUGUCCAUCAUAUGAAUUAUUCUGGUGAUGCAGAUAGAUAAAUACUCACUUGUACCAUGUUUAUAAGUGAUUGAACCUCUGAUAAAAAUUCCACUAGGUUUACAAGAAACUGUCAAUCGCAAUCCACACAGUCUUAUCAUAGUUAGACACAGUGUUGAGAGACAUUUGCAGACAGUGAAGUUAAGACGACAAACACUGGAGCGUCUGGUUGCUCCUGAUUGUCAUUGCUGGGCUGUUUUUGUGCAGCUGGGAUCCUCUCUUUGGUCGGCUUUUCUUGUGCUGCAUCACAUUUGUUAAAAGCCACCACCACUGCUGUGUUGCUGUGUUGAAUCCCAUUUUAUGCAGCCACAGCUGGAGGCUUUUUUUUUUUCCUCUUUAGUUGCACUAAUAUGAACUUUCACCAACCAAAUUUGUCCCCAAAUGAAACUUAAAAUAAAACUAAAGUUUUGACACACGUGCAGCAGUGUGUUUGGUUUUAAAUGUGAUAUGCAAAGAGCUGAUAAAAAUGAAAGACACCGUAAUGUGGGUCUGACUUGACAUCUUAACAUGCUUCACUACAAGGAAUGCCAAUGCCAGAAAUUAAGGUGCCAACCCUCUAAUUAGUGGGCAGUAAUCUCCUGUACCUCCUGAUCCACAGAUGGAUGUGAUUUGGAUGUUUUGAUCAGGUGUAACAGAGGUUUUUCUGGCUCUUCAUGAGCCUUUGGGGACUGACUGCAAACAAAAACAUGAGUCCAUGCCACCGGGCAAAUGGACAUUUUAUGAAAAAUGUAUUUUAGCUUGAGUAAAUGUAACCCCACUUUAACGAAGUGGUUACUAAAAUAUUAGCAUAAUAAUCCUGGUGAUUUCCUUUGGGAAGCAGCCAAAGUUUUUUAUAUGCAGAAAAACACUUAUUUUUUUUACCCCCAGUAUAUUCCUGAUCAGUAGUAGAGGUGGAGGUUUGCUGAGACAGUGUCUCGGUAAGAUAAAUAGAUAUGCUGAAUACAGCUGCAGGGAAAACAAAAUUACUGCGAUCAUGUGCAACAGAGUUGCAGUUUUGUUGCCUUUGAAAUGGUUGCUUCGAAGGUCUGCGACCACUCAGUCAGUCGCUGCCUUCAACGAGACUUUGGUUUGUCAAAAUGGUGAUAAAGCGGCAAUAAAAUGCAGUCAGUCUGCUAUCAGCUUGUGACUGAAUGGGGUCAAGUCAGCAAUUACAUGCAGUCUGUAAUAAUACAGCAGUUAACUGUAAAUUCACAUUACUUACACUCAGAGUCCAGCCAGAGCCUCAUAGAUUUGAAACAGAAUUGCUGAUGUCAAUUUAAAUACAAAACGUUAUCGGCACUCAGCAGCAUUGCUGUUAUGUAACACUAUAGCCAAAUGCAACCAGUUGGCAGUUAGUUGAGUUGAGUCCCCCUAUUGCAAAAGAGACAUGUUGCAGAUUGAUUGCAACAUGUUGACAGUUUGUCUGUGUUUAUGAAUUAGAUGGCAGUUAUUUGCAAAUCUUGGCCAAGAUGUCUGAGUCAGCCCAUGGAGAGCACUGCGAGGUUGGCGUCCUGUUUUUACUCAGUGUAUCUGAGUACAUUACAUUUUUUAUGCUUACAUUUCAGACCUUCCUUUGACCAAAUUUUACACAUAACAGUAACAGAUGGGACAGAGCACCAUAGUUUUUACAUGAGAAGCCACAAAAGGACUCAAACCCACAAUGUUUUGAUGCAAAGUCAGAUGCCUUAUUCAUUAGGCCACAUAGGACAAAGUAGGCUUACUUCUGGUAUGGUUUGUAAGGAUGGGGCUUUUUGAUCACACCUUGUAUCAACUGUCGAUUUUUGAGUUUUGUGGUAAUUACACCAAUCUGAUUUGUCAGAUUUAAAAUUGCAGAUGUUAAGAAGUUAAAAAAUGCAGAAAAACAUCAGUUUUAGAGAUGAAGUCAUGACAAAACCUGAAUUCGAGGACAUUUUCAGGUCAUAUUGUUACCUUCUUAUCCCUUUUUUAUGCAUUUCACACUUCCCCGGGGAUUUGUGAUGCUAUUGUGUGGAGUAUUUUUGUGGGGGCAGCUUACAAGGUUUGCUGAGCCGUUCAGCUCAUAGAUAGCAAUAGUGCUAAACAGAUGUACAAUACUUACUGGAUCUUUUUUUGUCCUUACAGAGACUUAUUUAUUUAUUUAUUACAUCUAAAAGUAGAUAUUUACUUUUUCACACCAGUUGAUUUGGUGUUUUUUGUCAGUAUAUGUAUGCAGGAGUUUAAUAAGCCCAUUCCCUAGCUACUCAUAGUUCGGCCUGUACUACAUUUUGGGACACAGCCCCUUCAGAGAGUGUAAAUUUUCUCAUGGGAAACAAACUUGCAGCAAGUCUCUUGCAGGUUAAAUGGUGACACAUAACUUAUAAUGUAUAUUUUAUGCUGUAGUUUCUUUUUUAGAGAGCUGCAGGCUGUUAUGCUUUUGUAUAUUUAUGUAUAUGGUCCAGAAAUUGGUUUUAAAUCACCUUUAAUUCCUUAGGUGACUGAAGGACUCACUGUAUUUGGUAAUAGUACUGAUUUCCUGCUGUUCUCCAACUUAAGUGUGUGCAUUUUCAGCUGCUUCAAGUCUUUUUUUCUCUCUUUCUUUUGUAAAUACAUCCUGGUUGUAGUGUUAUUCAGAAAGCACUGCAAUAAAAGCAUAAUAAAUGUUAUGCCAAUACGGCGCCCGAGAGCUCUCCUCGCUGUGAUUACGGCUCUGAAAGCGAUUCCCACAAUUACCGCUCGGCCGCUCACAAGAGCCAUCGAUCACAGAGAUGAGCGUCCUCGGUGAGGUUCAUCUCCACACGAGGAUAAAAACAGUUACAGGAGUCGGCGUGCAUCGGAGUAAAAAUCCCCCCAACGCGUGGCUUGCAGGUAGUUGCCAUGACAACUGUUUUGGUAGCCCAGGAUACGGCCACUCUCAUAAGUCAUUUAGAGACUUUGCAUCGUAGAGCGAGCAGAUGCUGAUGGAACAUCCUCAAAGCCAUAUGUAUCUGUACUUUGUAAAACAUGGAGUCCAGUUUAAAGAGUGAGUGUGUGAGGCGGGGGUUCUGUUUAGGGUUUGUACGGUGACUCAAGCUGGAUUUUGUUCUGGGGGUGGGGGGUGGCAUUGUGGAUAUGGGAUGAGUUACAAGAAGCUUAUUGUAUAUUUUUGGCUGUUUUAA